AUGAGAACACUCCUGUCGCGCCAACUGGUGCGCCCGAGAGCGCUUUUCCCCCGCACACGCAAUGCCAACAUCAGGCGACCUUAUUCCGCAAAUACUCAGCCGCCAUCUCCGCCCGAAGCUUCAGAAGCCGCAGCAGCGGCGGCUCGCAAGCAAUCGCGCCUGGACCGCGUGAUCUCGCGCCUGCCGGGUCGACUCCAGCGCUACCUGUCGCCGCUGCGGAGCGCGCCGCUCACGCACGUCACGGCGUUCCUGCUGCUGCACGAAAUCACGGCCAUCGUGCCGCUGGUCGGGCUCGCGGCGACGUUCCACUACGCCGACUGGCUGCCGCCGUACAUUUCCGAGGGCGCGUGGGUCAAGCAGGGCGUCGAGCGCUUCGGGCGGUACUUCCGGCGCAAAGGGUGGAUCGCCGACGACGACGCCGUCGUGCGCGAGGCCGAGGACGAGGUGGAUUACGAGGAAGGGCACCGGGCGCGGCUGAGGAGGCAGGCGGGUACCGCGUGGACGUGGGGCGAGGGCGGCGUCAGGCUGCUGGUCGAGGUCGCGACGGCGUGGGCGGUCACGAAGGCGCUGUUGCCGCUGAGGUUGGGGUUGAGCGUGUGGGCGACGCCGUGGUUUGCGAGGGUUGCGCUGCAGCCUGUUGGUAGGGGAUUCAAGAGGAUAUUUGGCGGCGGCGGUGGGAAAGCUCCUGGGGGAGGCGCCGGGAAGAGCUGA